AUGAUAAUCACAAUGAUUAUAGUCUUUGUAGUCGUGCACAAGUGCUUACUGUACAUUGUUCAUCGCAAUGGCAGAAGACCAGCAGCCAGUCCUCACAGAUCUAAUUUCAAAGUCCAAGUUUUCCAAGAUUACAUGGUUUAUUGCUGCUAUUUGUGGGAUCCUAUUUGCUCUCGUUGCUUUUCUAUCAAUAACAUGGAUCUUUCAGCUGCCAUGUAGCAAUGUUAGGUCUGAAAGCACGUUCAAGGAAAACACAAACAGAAGAUGUAAUAGCAAGCAAUCCGCUUUCCCGGAAAGCUGGCUAAAGUUCUUCCAUAUUUCUGAUAUCCAUGUGGAUCCUGAAUAUGAUGCCAAUAUCUCAAAACACACAUUUUGUCGUUUGACUAAUGAUUCUUCUCCAGCGGAGUAUGAGGCUCCCUACGGUAGACCACGAUGUGAUUCUCCUCGACUUCUUGUUGAAAAUGUCUUUCAUGCCAUGAAUAAAAUCAGUAUGGAGGAGGCUCGGCCAGACUUCAUCAUUGUUACUGGUGACAUGUCAGCACAUGAUCUUGGAACUCCAAAAGGAGGUGUAGUUUUUGAAGCCAUUAGUGUAGCUACUGAUGAACUUUACAAGAGAUUCCCAGACACAUAUGUGUUUCCUUGUUUGGGAAACAAUGAUAUACCAGAAGAUUAUUACAUCCCACCACAUCCACAGGGAUGGUACAAUGCUGUAAGAGCACAAUGGAGGGACUUUGUUAUAUGUGAAGGCUGCUACUGGCGACAAGAACAGCCACCAGUGAAUGAGACUGAAUUUACAAUAACCUUUGUUACUGGUGGUUAUUACAAAGCGCAGCUAGCACCAAAACUCACGCUACUAGUACUAAAUACAAACUACUUUAGUGUCAAGGCAACAGUGCAAACAGAACUGUUUUUAAAGACUGCUACUAGGCAACUACAAUGGCUGGAAUCAGAACUGGAAAAAGCUGACCAAAAUGAUGCAAGAGUGAUUAUUUCAGGUCAUAUACCACCCGGUAUCUCUACCCAUGGACUGACCCCGCUUUGGUUUGAAAACUAUACUAAAGCAUACGUGAAACUAACUGCAGCAAGAUAUCCUCAUGUUAUUGGAGGACAGCUAUAUGGUCAUCUACACAGAGAUGACUUCAGGUUUUUCUAUGAUCAUGAUAAUGAGCCAACAGUGGAACAGUCAGCUGCAUUUAUCUUGACUGGAUCUCUAACUCCAAUUUAUGAAAACAACCCGUCAUUCCGACUUGUCUACAUUGAUGAUGUAACAAAGUCAUUCAUAGACUAUAAGCAAUGGUACCUCAACUUGGCCAUGGCAAAUGAACAUCGAGAGACCUACUGGCAAUAUGAGUAUGCAUUCUCUGAGGCCUACCCAUCAUGUUUGGGCCAAGUAAUCGACAACCAAAGAAUCAUGCAGCUGUCUGAUGGCAUUAUUUCAAAGUCAAAUGACCACACGUGGCUGCAGUACAUUUGGCAUCGUACCAAUAUGUACAUCCCAGAUAAGGACACAUUCUCACAAAACCUACAGUAUUGCUGCAUUCGCAGUUCAACUGAAGAAGAACUGGAAAAGUGCAAGAAAGAUCACCCAUUCAUUCCAGGGUAAACUAAUAAAUCAGCAACUGUGAAACUGAUAUCCUGAAUAAACUGAAAUGACUGUCAGGAAAGCGUCUUGUUGUAGCUACAAAACUGUUGUUGUAUGUCUAACAGUCAUGUUGAAAUUGAGAAGCAGUUCCUCAUAAACAUCUGGCAGUCUCUAUUUACUGCACAUAAUUUGUGAAAAAUAAAUGGACAAGUUAGUGUCAUGCA